AUGAGACAAAAGGAUGAUAUUAAGGUAAAAAGAUUUCUUCGUACACGUCCUUUUACGAAUCCCGCUCAGCCAGCGGACAAAAGUUGGGACGCUUCCGGGGACAACUUGGGGAUCAAGGACAUCGCAGCAGCUCUGCACUGGAUUAAGUUGAACAUAGGGGCAUUCGGGGGUGACCCCAGCAGGAUAACUCUCGUGGGCCACGAUACCGGUGCAGCUCUCGUUAAUUUGCUCUUCGUCUCACCCUCCUCAAAAGGACUUUUCAGAAGAGUGGUGCUUUUAAGCGGAACUGCGCUUAGUCCGUGGGCAACCGUCCGAAACGCCGAAAGUUUGAGAACCAGUGUCGGAAAACAGACUGGCUGCCUGCCCAUGGAGUCUGGAUCGCAGCAUCCAGAAGAUAAUCAGGAUAUCGCGGGAUGUCUUAGAUCGAGACCUUUGCAAGUUCUCCUCGACGUAGAACUCGAAAAGGUGCGUUUCAUGCCCCGCAUAGCUCCUUCAUUACCUGUAGAUGCCGAAGCUAGUGAUCCAGCAUACGCUAUGGAACACGCCAGUGAAAACUUUAUUACGUGUGAGGUGAUGCUAGGUACAACGACAACCGAGAGUUAUAGUGAUUUUAGUGCUAGCGACAUUCAAUAUGGUUUCGAAGAGGAUCAACGAAAUAGAGUGUUACGGACUUAUAUUCGAAACGCGUACGUUUACCAUUUAAACGAGAUAUUCUCGGCUGUGAAAAACGAAUACACGGAUUGGGACAAACCUAUCCAACACCCGAUAAAUAUUCGGGAUUCCACGAUGGAAGCACUGAGUGACGGACAUACUGUGUCUCCGUUAGUGCGUGUCGCGUAUCUCCAUGCGAGAAGAGGUGCUAAGACUUAUUUUUUUCAUUUCGGUUAUCAGACCAAGGACAGCGACUAUCCUCAACGUCUGGGUAGCAUACGAGGUGAAGACCUCGUCUAUAUAUUGGGCUUACCAAUGGUCGGUGGUAUGCCCCACUUCCCUCAGAACUUUAGUAGACAGGACUUUGGUGUUGCGGAAGCUAUGCUUAACUUCAUAAGCAAUUUCGUUAAAAGUGGUGAUCCUAAUUCUCCGUCGCAAGGUAGUAAAGACACUGUUCCACCGGAUUAUGGAACUACACGGGAGAAAACGCGAUAUAAAGGACUUGUGUGGGAUCCUUACGAAAUAGGGACGCAAUUUUAUCUUAGUGUCACUUCCAAACCAAAGAUGAAAAGCCACUAUCGAGGCCACAAGAUGGCGGUUUGGCUAAACCUCAUUCCACAACUUCAUCAGCCAGGCGACGAUGACGUCUCGAUGAGGCACCACCAUUUUCACGAGCGAGAGCCGCAUUAUUAUGCAGGAGCAGUGAGAGUGGAAUCGUUUACGAGAUUGCCGCCACCCUUGCACCCCGCAUCCAUGACGGAUUCGCAUGCCGCCUCCAGCGGCGAAGGCACGGAAUGCAUUCCAAACACGACAUCUGAUGAAGACCUUCAGGUUGACAAAGUCGAUGAUCUAGACGACGAUAACGAGGAAUUUCUUCAACGAUUAGCCACACGUCAUUACUAUAGUUACACAGCUGCACUAGGCGUUACAGUUGGUGUAGGAUGUCUCCUAUUGGUGCUCAAUAUGCUCAUUUUUGCAGGCAUUUAUUAUCAACGAGAAAGGGAUCGCCGUCGACAUUCCCAAUCUAGGUCUCGACAAAAUCGCUCAAAUUCAACUCCUUCCUCAGAGACAAUCCCAAUGUCCCAAAGGCCAUCAACUCCCGGCAGUUCAGCACGACAGUCUCCUCUGCUCACUCGAAAAGAAAAAGGUUGUAGCUCCUACCCACCCUCAUACACAGUGGUACCAAACAGCCUUAAUUGUCCUACAUUGCAGAAAAAAGAUAAACCUCCACCACCCGUUCGCACAUCAAGUAACCCUCCAGGUGGCACGGUUAAAAAAAGGGUACAAAUUCAAGAAAUAUCAGUAUAGCAUGAAGGAAGGGGUGCGUCAACGCUUCCAAGAUCUCGAAAGCCCGAUGUCACCCCUGAUUCAGAAUAUGAUUGUGAUUUAGUUUCUGUACAGUUAUAACAAGACAAAGAUAAUGAACUUUGUGUUAUUGUUUUAAUGUAAACAAAAUACUCAGAAAUGUUUUGUAUAUACCUAGUCAACUAGUCAGUACUAAAUAUGUAACUGGUAAAUUUGUAUGAGAAGGACACUUUGAGCAAUUCUGGAGGUGUAAAAUUAACAGUGCGGUGUUGCCGAUCUCACCAAUGUUUCCUAGUUGUAACGGCACAAUAGUAAUCUCAUGUUUUUUCCUAAUAAUCAUUCGACAUAUUUUUUAAAUAUACCAGAAAUGUUUUGAGGGAACUUUUUCUUUCUAAAUUGGAACAAAAAGUAAUUUUGAGUAUUGUAAAAAAUUCUAUUAUAUUUAUGAUGGUCUUUUUUAAACAUUGCUAAGGUUUUGAGGUAUACAAAAUUAGUUUUUUGUGGCACUUUUAUUUGUUUUUCACAUCUGCAGAUGAGGUCUUCCUAUAUAUUUUUUAUUUCCAACGGGUUUCAAUUCGGGAGACCACUAA